UGACUUCUAAAUGCGGCCCUGUAAGGUUCACGCGAGAGGUUAUAAUUAUCAAAAAUUAACAGUGGAAUAGAAUCGAAAUGUGUCGAAAUUAUUAUUUUAAUACGCAAAAUACGUCGGGAUUUAAGUCUCUACGUUAUUUAUUGCGAGACUCUUGGCUAUAACGACAAUAGUUUGGAGUUUAUACGUGAAACUUACUUGUUUCAUGUUUGUGUUGUGCAGUGUUAUCAACAGUUCACAAUGACGGACUUACUACCGAGGCCGGCCGCCGACCCCCAUUUAACUGACUUCAUGGAGAAUAAUGAUUACGAUUCGCUCGCUAAAUACCUUGUUGGGAAUAAUGAAAGAUUUCGCGAAAAUAUUAUUAUACCGCGAAUCCUGGGGCCUGUUAUAAUAAAGACAAAUGAAGAGAAAAUGAUUGAAGCCGCAAUCGAGAGCUGUCCUUUUAAAUCAAUAACUAGUUGUGUCGUUGGCUAUGGCCUAGGGGCUGCUGUGGGUUUAUUCACAUCAUCCCUAAUGCCAAAUGUAACAGACCCGACAGCACAGCAAACUCAAACAGCCAGAGAGAUCCUAAGAGAAAUGAAAACUUCAAUGUUAAGUUAUGCAAAGAAUUUUGCUAUCUUGGGUGCUGUGUUCUCUGGUAUCGAGUGCUGUAUAGAGUCGGCUAGAGGAAAAACUGAUUGGAAAAAUGGGACAUAUGCGGGUGGGGUCACGGGUGGGUUAAUAGGGUUAAGAGGCGGUUUACGGGCGGGUAUGUUUGGCGCUGCCGGGUUUGCGGCGUUCUCCACAGUCAUUGAUUAUUAUAUGCAUCAGCGUGGAUAAUUUAUAUUAUGUUUAUACUUAGUACCCUUAGAAGUAAACUACUUAGAUAUUA